AUGAAGGUGACCGUUGCUGCUGCUGUGGCAGUCCUCUCCGGGCUUGCCGGGGCCCAGAUGCCCGUUCCGAACCCCGGCCCGGCUCCUUGGCGCCCGCCCACGCAUGACUUCCCCGCUCCUCCGGCUCCCUGGAGCCCGCCCAAGCACGACUUCCCCGCUCCUCCGGUCGACACACCUCCGGUCGUCGUCCUUCCUCCGAAGUCGGUCACAACCACCAAGACCGACAUCAUCGUCAACCCCAUCACCAAGACCAGGACUGAGGUCAUUACGAGGGGCCACUUCACCAUCACCCGCAAGGUGACAGAGCCCUGCACCACUUCCACCACCCGCCGCCGGACCACAACCCCGUGCACCACGUCUAAGCCGAAGACUACUCCUUGCACUACGUCGAAGAAGCCCACUACGACGCCCUGCACCACCCUCAAGCGCUCCACGACGCCCUGCACCACGUCGAAGCCCAAGACUACUCCGUGCACCACUUCCAAGCCAAAGACUACUCCUUGCACUACGUCGAAGCCGAAGACAACUCCUUGCACUACGUCCAAGCCUAAGACUACUACUCCUUGCACUACGUCUAAGCCUAAGACUACCACUCCAUGCACUACUUCCAAGCCGAAGACGACUCCCUGCACCACGUCUAAGCACAAGACCACCACUCCUUGCACUACAUCUAAGCCCAAGACUACCCCGUGUACCACUUCCAAGCAUAAGACGACGACUCCCUGCACCACCUCCAAGCACAAGACUACGUCGAUGAAGCCCAAGACCACCCCUUGCCCCUCGUCCAAGAAGGUUAUCCACUACACGAAAAUCACCUCGACCAUCCCCGCGAACGGCACCAAGCCCUGCACCACGGUGACCUACUACAGCAACAUCCCGCCGCCGCCCGUCACCACGUCCGCCAGGAAGCACCACUCCACCACUCCGGUCGUCGUCCUGCCGCCUCCGGUUGUCAUCGUCUCCUCGCAGCAGGGCACUCCCGCUCCCCCGGCGACCACCAGCCCCAGCAAGCAGAAGUACACCAACACCACCGUCCCGCCGCCGGCCCAGCCUCCUGCUCAACCUCCUGCUCAACCUCCUUCCCAGCCGCCCGCUCAGCCUCCCGCUCAACCUCCUUCUCAGCCGCCCGCUCAACCUCCUUCGCAACCUCCUGCCCAGCCGCCUGCCCAACCGCCUGCCCAGCCUCCCUCGCAGUCGCAGCCUCCCUCGCAGCCUCCUGCUCAACCCCCCGCUCAGCCGCCUGCUCAACCCCCCGCCCAGCCCCCGGCCCAGCCCAGCAAGGUCGCCACCGCAGGCAGCUCCAGCCUCCAGGCUCCCUUCACCCUGGUUGCCAUCAUCGCCAUGGCCUUCGCCUUCUUCUAG